AUGAGCACGCCGGCUACCGGGUUCCGCAAUCUUGGCGCCUCAUGCUUUGUGAACGCAGGCCUCCAGCUGGUCUUCGCAGUCCCGGGCUUUGUCGAAGCCGUUGCCAAUGGUCACUCGGAGACAGAAAAGGCAGUGAAGGCAGCUGCGGAGUUGUUGAUUCACCACCCGCGUAGCAGCUCGGUGCCCACAAGCGUGACAGACAUCUUCUAUCGUGGAGUCCAAGAAGACAUGGCCGAAUUUGUGGUCAGGCUUCUGGACAGGUGCCAAAGCACACAUGCCAUGAUGCGCGGUCAGGAGACUGCGAAGCUGCGAUGUAGACAUUGCGGGUUCUCUCGGUCGUUGCCACCAGAGGCCUUCCUGACUUUGCAAGUGCCGCUGACCACAACAACCUCGAGCGUGCAACAAGCUCUCGACAACUACCUGGCGACCGAGUGCGUGCAAGCGAAUGUGGAAGAGUGGUUCUGCGUGAAUGACGUCUGUCUGGACUCUGGCAUUGCGGAAGAAGACCCGGUCCACGUCACGAGCAUCAACAAGUGGCCUGACGUACUUCUUCUUUGCGUCAAGCGCUGGGAUGCCUUGCGCGGAUUGAUUGCUCAGCAAAUCCAUUGCAGCACGACCCUCUCCGCCGGCGGCAAUGAGUACCGCUUGCAGGCCUUGGCUACUCACAUCGGUGCCACACCUUCAUCCGGACAUUAUGUGGCCUACCGGCGUCGAGGCGCCGGCUUCGUUCAGCUCAACGAUCACAUGGUCUCGCCGCUGAAGGCCCAGGAUGAGGACUUCUUCGUGACCAUGCCUGACGAGAAGGUUUACAUGUUGGCCUACGUAAAGAAUUCUGCGGAAACUCGUUCCACAGCACCGGUUGCGAUGCCCAAGUUCAAUUUCAAGCGUCCUCCGCGCGCAGACGCGGCAGCCAUCGACCUGGACUCCGACACGGACUCCGACGUUGUGACAGUGUUCGCCACCCCACCCACUUCGAAGCGAAGAAUCAAAGACCUCGACUCCGACUCGGAUAAGGAUGUGCACAGAUCCCAGACACAACAAGGAGGCCACACGCGUCUGCGAGGCUUGCAGCACUACACGGACGCAGAGCUCACGACGAUCGCGGUGGCAAUCCGGAACGGCACGACUUUCUCGCAAGUCUUACAGACAUUGAAGAUGAAAAUGCCAAAGCUAAACCUGGAAGACAAGAGCUCGACAAACUACCUCAGCCCCUACACGCUUCGCAAUUGGAUUCGGAAGCCAGCGAACAUGGAGACGGCAAUUGCAAAAGUGCGGCAAGAACGGCUGCAGCAACCGAAAGGAGAACGCAAGCCUAAGGUUGGAAGUGUACGGAAGACACUUACAAAUGAACACCGCAAGCUGAUCGGAGAUGCGCUCCAAUGCGCGAGCUCCUGGCCUCAUCUGCUUGCAAUUCUGAAAGAAACUCUUCCAGGAUUUAGCUGCGACGACAAAACGGCAUCCUGCUAUAUCCCACACUCCACCCUGCACAGUUGGCUCGAUAAAAGAAGUGAAUCGCGUUGGUUAGAUGAGCCUGAGCCAACGACUUGGUCAGAAGAGCAUGAGCAAAACUUCAGCGUUGCUUUCGAUAGACCUGCCAAAAGGCAGCUUGGAUCGACAGCUGUGAGCGACGUCAAUGGCCUCUGGUUGCGCAACGGAUCCUGGGUGUUCUGUCCUGCCUGUGGCCGUCGUCACGCUCGGGUUCACACCGACAAGUUCUCUCUGAAGGAGUAUGCGGCAUCCUCUCCGUGCUACCCCUUCUGCGACCCCACUGCUGAGGACUUGCUCACCAAAGCUCCUGUUAAGAAAGCCCGUGAAAGACUUCGAGCUUACGUGACACCACAGGUGGACACUUGGCGGCCAUGGUGCCAGGAUAUUGCCAACGGCAACCUGCCUUUGACAACACUACUGACAAAGCAAGAACUUCAAGACCUCGCAGUGCUUGACAUCCAUGUGGACUAUCAAUCCAGACGCGGUGGCCACGCUGUUAUCCAGAGCAAACAAAAACGAUCCGUAGUUCGCUGUCGCUGGCAUGCUUCUCCACUACGUGACCUUGCACGCGACAACAACGCAGCCCGGGCUUUCACAUGGUUGCUUCAGAACAACGACACCUACAAAGGAUUCGUGGACAAGCACGCCGCCCUCAUCCAGGAGCGUGGAAAGGAAUUCUGCCGAGACGUUCCUACGGCUGCGCUCUUGCUGGGCUCGCCUGGCAUAGAAGUCGCUGUGCGUCCCUGGCUCUACCCAUUAGCAAGCUUUGCAGAUAGCGACCUGCAGCAGCGCCUAUGCCCCCUUGGCUGGACAGAUAACAACAGCAAGCCAAGCAUCCGAGCAGGGUUCAUGAGGAAAUUGCUGAGUCGUUGUUUGGACUACUCGCGAGAUUUCCCACUCCAGUGUUUGAUGUAUGACACUUGCAUGGCGCGAACGAUAAGUUCGGUGCAAAGCAUAGCCGAUCAAAAGAAAGUGUCUCCUGAGCAAAUAGCAUCAGACAUGGACGCAUUUGAUGCAUAUUGGUCCCAGCAGCUGCGCAAGAUGGAAGACAUCUGCAGGCAGGAGUGGGAAAAGACCGGCGUGCUCGAACGUGCUUUGCCGUCUGUGUUCUUCACAGUGGCACCGGCUGAGUGGCGAUACAUAUUGCAUGACGGCAUGUUCUGCGAGGAAUCCUUGACCGACCAGCAAGGUACGAUCACCCUUCAUCUCUAUCACACCCUGCAGACGCUAUUAGACUUUCACCUCUUCAAAAAUGGGCAGAGCCUUGAGCGCAUCGGCGUCGCCAAGAUUCGGCAGUGGUCUUUCCGCUUCGAGUUUCAAUCCCGGGGCACAUUGCAUCUUCAUGCUGUCCUGUGGGCAGACCUACUACCAGGUUGGAGCGCAGAGAACAUCACUGGAAGAACAGGUACCCAGCACAACUCACCUUUCGUGGCCCUGCUUGAAGACCUUUUCAAGAGUCGCGCAGAUGUCCAGUGCGGGGACGGCAGCCACAACCUGCUCAUGUACGUGGCCGGGUACCUCCAGAAAGCGUCGGACGCUCUAGCCUUCAACUCCAAGCAAGCACAGCACGAAGGCACUCAGGCGCAAACGAGCAGGUGGCGCCAAACAUACCGGUUGCUUUGCAAGAAAUCGCCAAUGGAGCAAGAAAUCAUUAUGGAGUUCGCCGGCCUGCCCAUGGUGAAGCAUUCCUUUACCGGACACGCCUUGUUCGCGCCCAUUCCAGGAAGUCAGGCGGCAAACAGCUCCCGCGACCAGUACUCAAUCUACCAGUUCUACCUCACACAGGAUCAUGAAGUUCGCGGAUGCGCACGCGGAAUGAGCUACAUGCAGUGGCUUCGACGGUUUCGCGUCGUCGACGUCAAGAAGAAGAUCGUCGCCAACAGAAACCAAGCCCCAUUCCUAAAGAAUUGUUCCUGUGGCAUUGCCAUGAGCUUCCCGUUUGAACUUCUGGACAUUUUCAUUGGGGCUUGGGCCGCAACCUUUAUGGAAAGCAUGCCGGAGUAUAGAUUGUUGCCAAACACCACAGACGACAACGCCAAUUACGGUAUUGAGUUUCUGGCAGAACGCACACGCCGAGCCUCCUUCCAGGCACCACAAGGCUGCCAGCAUCUGAAAGCAAUAUUGUGUCUGGAUGAGUUUCAGGUUGAAGGCGCAAACCCAGAGGUCUUCCACCCUGAAGUCGGCAAACUCCUGACGCAGAUGGAGACGGAACUCAUUUUCCGUGGCAUCGGCAGCGAUCGCAUCGCCACCUUCAAGGCCAGAGUCCACGCUUGCGCAAUGCUCCUGCUCAGUGUACGAGAUGGCCGGGAAGAUCCGAUGACGUGGACAGCUCGACCAAUUGCUGCGCCUCCGCAACGCAACUGGUCAGUCGAGCAGCAGCAAGUCCUGACGUCCAUACGGUCAGGAACGAGCAUUAGCGACGCCGCAGUCAUGGAGACUUCGAGCCGAAUCCUACAAGUGAGCGGCGGACCUGGCACGGGCAAGACAGAAGUCAUCAUUGCUGCGGCGCGACAAGCUCUUGAUGACGGUUGUCGGGUCCUCAUAGCCGGGCCCAUCGGGUUGUUGGUCUCCAUGUACAGACUUCGCCUGCCCAACUCGGAGAACCUCACCAUGGAAACAAUUCACUCUGCCUUCCGCAUCGUUCGCGAUGCCGACGCAGCCUACAUCCCGCCAGGACGCCUUCGCCAGUACGACUUGAUCAUCUUUGACGAAAUCAGCCAAGUGGAAGCAUCGACAUGGGCAAAACUCAAAACGGCACUCGGUGAGCUCUCCCCAUGCCCCUUCGUGGUGUUCGUCGGCGACUUUCAGCAGCUACAGCCUCUCGCCGGUGGACCCGCUUUACAGCAAGACCUGCAUCGCCAAGUCGAAGCUAAGGACCUGCCGCUCGUGGAACUUCACCAUCACGAAGCUGCCCGUUCGGUGGACCCCGACAUGCUGGCGUUUCUUGAGGUCGCGCGGGUUAGCCAGCCUUCGAGGAGCGCUCUGGAGCACUUUUUCCGCGGGCGGGUGUGGUCUUCCGAUGUUCAGCAAGCAGCGCAGGCCGCUGAGCGAGUGGAAAACGCUGGCGAUGGCAUUUUCACCUUCCUCACUGUGACGAACCGCGGGGCCGCCAGUCUCAACCUUGCACGCCUUGCUCUGGAGUUUCCGUCUGAGGCCGAAAUCAUCCGCAACGGCGGCGGCGUGCCUGCCGAGGUGGGCAAUGUAGUCAUUGCUCCCCGUAUGCGACUUCGCCUCACCCGCAACGUCGACAAGGACCGGGGCUUUGUGAACGGGAAUACGGGCAUUGUCCGCACUGUUCUACGAAAAGAUGUUUUCGUGUUGGACACCGCCCAGGGCAUCCCUAUCCUGGCGCAUCCCAUUACCCAGAAGGGGCGCAAGUUCCUCCCAGUGGCGUAUGGAUGGGCGACGACAAUGCGAAGAGCGCAGGGAGCAACACUCGACAAAGUCGGCCUAUGGUUCGACAGGCGCCUGCCCGACCGCGGCUAUGCCUAUGUCGGACUGUCUCGCGCCAAGCGACGAGAGGAUGUGUUCCUCGUAGGCAGAGUCAGACGCACAGAUUGGCGACCGGUCAAUGGUGCCGACCAUAAUGAGCAGAAUACGGUGUCUGCCCUCAGCGAGACCUCUGACUCGGAGGACGAAAGAAGCACCGAGAGCUCCGACA